AUGCGACGUCUUGUGAUCCAGUGUCGGUAUGAUGAGGACAUUCCGAAAUUGAUGGAGAUAAUCAAAGAAUUUGGAGCCAUCGUAUUGAAACCGGAAAAGCCCGAACGAUUUGAUCACAUCCACGUGGACGUCCCGGAGGAAACGGAGAAACAAGUUGAGGAUUUCCAAAAGAAAGUGAUGGAAACCAUCCCUUUGGUUGCUGUGAAGCGAUUCUAA